CACGCAGCCCUCGCCAGGGGGCGCAGCUCUCGCACGUCUGUCGCCUGCACACGCCCCCUGUGCCCCGGGCGCACGCGGGUCGGAGCUCCCCUGCCUGGGCUGCUCUCCCAGAGACUUGCGCGCCCGCCAUGGCCCUGGACCGGUUGGGGAGGCCCUACGAGUGAGGGCAAUCAUGGAGGAGGAGGCGCGGCCGGCGGCGGGGGCCGGCGAAGCGGCGACCCCUGCACGCGAGACGCCUCCUGCGGCUCCGGCCCAGGCCCGCGCGGCCUCAGGUGGGGUGCCGGAGUCUGCGCCCGAGCCGAAGAGGCGGCAGCUCGGGACGCUGCUGCAGCCGACGGUCAACAAGUUCUCUCUCCGGGUCUUCGGCAGCCACAAAGCAGUAGAAAUCGAGCAGGAGAGGGUGAAGUCCGCCGGGGCCUGGAUCAUCCACCCCUACAGCGACUUCCGGUUUUACUGGGAUCUCAUCAUGCUGCUGCUGAUGGUGGGGAACCUCAUAGUUCUGCCUGUGGGUAUCACUUUCUUCAAGGAGGAGAACUCUCCACCCUGGAUCGUCUUCAAUGUCCUCUCUGACACUUUCUUCCUGCUGGAUCUGGUGCUCAACUUCCGAACUGGCAUCGUGGUGGAGGAAGGUGCCGAGAUCCUGCUGGCGCCAAGGGCCAUCCGAACGCGUUACCUGCGCACCUGGUUCCUGGUUGAUCUGAUCUCCUCCAUCCCUGUGGAUUAUAUCUUCCUAGUGGUGGAGCUGGAGCCACGACUAGAUGCUGAGGUCUACAAAACGGCACGGGCCCUGCGCAUCGUUAGAUUCACCAAGAUCCUUAGCCUGCUGCGGCUGCUCCGCCUCUCCCGCCUCAUCCGCUACAUACACCAGUGGGAGGAGGUGGGGUGGGCAGGGGGCGUGUCAAACUCCUCAGAAAGAUCUUUCACAUGACCUACGACCUGGCCAGUGCAGUGGUUCGCAUCUUCAACCUCAUUGGAAUGAUGUUGCUGCUGUGUCACUGGGACGGCUGUCUGCAGUUUCUGGUCCCUAUGCUGCAGGACUUCCCGUCCGACUGCUGGGUCUCCAUGAACCGCAUGGUGGUGAGAAGCCCCCCCAGCUCUGGUACUCCUGGGUCACAGGGAGCAGAAGGCAGGAGAUGAUCCAGAAGGAAAGCAGCAGGCAGGAGAUGGGAUUGCGGGGAGGAGAAGGGUAAGGAACGUAGAUAGAUGGAGGAAGUGUUUACAUGUCAGAGGAAUCAGACAAAGAAGGGAACCUAGGCAAGACAAGGGUCCCCACCAACGGAAGAAACCCAACAAAUGCCUGCCGAGAGGAAGGUCUGAGGUAGAAGGGGUACGCACAGAACUUAAAGGGAGAAAGGGGGGCAGGUCGAGAAUGAGACUCGGAGGGGCCCAAGCCCUGUUCUGCAACAUCCUCUGCCCCCCAGAACCACUCGUGGGGCCGCCAGUAUUCCCACGCCCUGUUCAAGGCCAUGAGUCACAUGCUAUGCAUUGGCUAUGGGCAGCAGGCACCGGUAGGCAUGCCUGACGUCUGGCUCACCAUGCUCAGUAUGAUUGUGGGCGCCACGUGUUAUGCCAUGUUCAUCGGUCACGCCACCGCCCUCAUCCAGUCCCUGGACUCUUCCCGGCGACAGUACCAGGAGAAGUACAAGCAGGUGGAGCAGUACAUGUCCUUCCACAAGCUGCCCGCUGACACCCGGCAGCGCAUCCACGAGUACUACGAGCAUCGCUACCAGGGCAAGAUGUUUGAUGAAGAGAGCAUCCUGGGGGAGCUGAGCGAGCCACUUCGGGAGGAGAUUAUUAACUUCACCUGCCGGGGCCUGGUGGCCCACAUGCCGCUGUUUGCUCAUGCUGACCCCAGCUUCGUCACCGCAGUGCUCACCAAGCUCCGUUUUGAGGUCUUCCAACCAGGGGACCUGGUGGUGCGUGAGGGCUCCGUGGGCAGGAAGAUGUACUUCAUCCAGCACGGGCUGCUGAGUGUGCUGGCACGUGGCGCCCGCGACACCCGCCUCACUGAUGGAUCCUACUUUGGGGAGAUCUGCCUGCUGACUCGAGGUCGGAGAACAGCCAGUGUAAGGGCUGACACCUAUUGUCGCCUCUACUCGCUCAGCGUGGACCACUUCAAUGCGGUGCUUGAGGAGUUCCCAAUGAUGCGCAGGGCUUUUGAGACGGUGGCCAUGGACCGGCUUCGGCGCAUCGGCAAAAAGAAUUCGAUACUGCAGCGGAAACGCUCUGAGCCGAGUCCAGGCAGCAGCGGUGGCGUCAUGGAGCAGCAUUUGGUACAACACGACAGAGACAUGGCUCGUGGUGUUCGGGGCCUGGCUCCUGGUACAGGAGCUCGACUCAGUGGAAAGCCAGUGCUGUGGGAACCACUGGUGCACGCCCCUCUGCAGGCAGCUGCUGUGACCUCCAACGUGGCCAUAGCCUUGACUCACCAGCGAGGCCCUCUGCCCCUCUCCCCUGAUUCUCCAGCCACCCUCCUAGCUCGAUCUGCUAGACGCUCAGCAGGCUCCCCAGCCUCCCCACUGGUGCCUGUCCGAGCAGGUCCUCUGCUGGCCCGGGGACCCUGGGCGUCCACUUCUCGCCUGCCUGCUCCACCUGCCCGAACCCUCCAUGCCAGCCUAUCCCGGACAGGGCGUUCCCAGGUAUCUCUGUUGGGCCCUCCCCCAGGAGGAGGUGCUCGGAGGCUAGGACCUCGGGGCCGCCCACUUUCUGCCUCGCAACCCUCUCUGCCUCAGCGAGCAACAGGGGAUGGCUCUCCUAGGCGUAAAGGCUCUGGAAGUGAGCGCCUGCCCCCCUCUGGGCUCUUGGCCAAACCUCCAGGGACAGUCCAGCCACCCAGGUCAUCAGUGCCUGAGCCAGUUACCCCCAGAGGUCCCCAAAUUUCUGCCAACAUGUGAAAUCCUAGGUUACACUGGCCUUAGCUAUUGGCACGCAAUAACGUGUGCCCGAGGGUAGACGCCCCUUGGGGGAAGGCUGUGGGGGACCUAACAUACUGCCCUUUAUCACCACAAAGCUAUUCUCUGUGUCCUCAGCUCAAAGCAGCUGCAGCCUGCUAAUCCUAAUCACAUACCCAUUUGUCAUUGGUACCCCAUGCCUACCAUGUUCAAGGCACUGUGCUAGGUACUGUGUAUCCACUGCCAAGUAGAAAUAACUCGAAGCCCUUUAACAAGGGUGUCCCCAGGCCACGGUCCUGCCAGGCGCAGGCCUGGGCCCACAGCCCUGCCUUUAUUAAGCACAAGUACUUGCUGCCUCCAUCACUGCCGAGUAACUAGACGGCUGUCUCCCUGUCAGUGACCCUGCAGGUGGUGCCAGUGCGUCCUCUCUUCCCAUCUCCUUUGUCGUAGCUGGGUACCGUCAAUUAUCUAGUACAGCCAACAGAUGUCUAGAGCCCUGGGUGUGAACAUCGACCCUCUGACUGGCACCUGUGGGCCCUCCUUGUCCACACCAAGUGAGAAUCCACGUCUGCCCACUGUAGUCUGCCCUCCGCAGCUCCUGUGUGGACGCACUACCUUUAUGAGCUAGAAGCUGCUCUUCACUGUGCCCCCUGCCUCAGUGGUGUUGCCCCUAAAGCUAAGGGGCACGCGGCACCUCCUUACCUACUGUGCCAGCCUAGUUCCCCCCAGGUAGGGGGCCAGGGGCUGAAUCCUCAUGUGACCUUUUAUCUUUCCCUCUUUGUCUUAUUUAUUUGGUCGUUUAUUAAUUUUAUUUAUUCAUUUGCUAA